CAUCUAGCCAACCAUGUUGCGCGGCCUAGUGCAGCGGCUGGUCCCGCUGUCGAUCAUCGUCAUCGACUUGGGUCCCUCCACGAUUUAUUAUUCUGCAUGACCAUCACCCACGAGUAGUAAACCCGUCACAUCAUCAGCUUGCUACCACCACUCUCAUCCUCUUCUCCAGACGUCCCAAACAUCACCGAUAGCUGUCAAAAGACUCACCAACAUGACGCUAGUAGGCAACGUCCUCUCGGCAGACUCGCUGGCCAGCGUCAUGGCUUCGACGCUGCCUGAAGAUGGUGCACCGCACAUCAAGACUUCUUUCGAUGCCGUAGCUCUAGCAAGCCAUGCUUCCAUGCUGGCCGUCGGCUUCCGCCUGGUUGGCCUCGGCGACGACGACCGUAUCACUGUAGACCACCCCCCUCGUCUGCCCACCGCGUGGAACGCAAACGCUCCCAACUACGCUUUCCGAUACGCCCACACCCAGUCAUCCAUGGAGUACCUGCUCAAGAUCAACCGCAUGGGCUCAAAAGCUGUCGUAAUGGCCAUGGGUCUAGGAGAUGACAAGACUGCAACACUGGAUGUCAAGGUUGCCGACUACACUUCUGAAGCCUCACUUCCCUUCACCUUGUCCGAACCCAACGCUAGAGGCCUCUUCAACCUCUUCAUAUCCAACGGACGUCUUUCAGACUACGGCUCCCUCAUGCGCAUCAACAUUGUGCAGAAACUCAUACCCUCCCUCCAGAAAGAAGGCUAUCAAGAAUCUGCCUCUCAGUCUACUCGCCAACCCUCUAGCGAAACCGCCGCUCCUCGCCAGCCCGGUAGAGAGCCCGACCUUCCCCACCACGACCCUCUUCGCGACGAUUAUCAACCUCCUGCUCGCCCCCAGCCCUUCCACGACCCUCUUGCACAACCGCCGCGUCCACACCCAUACGGAGACUUCCCUCCACCCGGUUUCGAAGACCCUUACGAUCUGAACAGACCUCUUCGGCCCAUGGGCGGCGGCCGUCCUGGCUUUGGUAAUAUCGGGGACAGAGAUCUAUAUCCUCAAGGCCUCGGCCCUCGAGACCCAUUCGGUGGCUCCAACCCCGGAUUUGGCGGCGGCGGUAUGCACCCAACCCUACCUGACUUCCACGAUCCGAGAGGUCGCGGAAACGGCUAUGAUCCUCAAGUACCCCCAGGCAGCAGGUACGAUCCCGUUGGUCCCGGAGGUCCCUCGGGCUUUGGUGGUCCGCCAAACCCUUUCAACAACUUCGGCAGCGGUGACUUCCUGUGAGACCUGGGCUGCUAAACCCAAUCCAAGUAUGGAUCCUGGCUCAUUCUACUUUUCUGAUUGCUUUUAAAUACCCACGACUAUCUUUCUGAAAAUCAUCAAUACCUCUUCUGUAGCACAAUCCAAAUGUACUUGUAUCAAACCUCUUGUCUAAUCAGGCAUAUGCAUACGCAUGACCAUCACAUGUCUGGUCCGAAC